AACGAAAACUUCCUGCAAAAUAGUGCUCCCUAACAACAGACAAAGCUUGACACUGUGGAUUUAGUUGAAGAAGCACAAAUAAAAGCAUUUCUUGUUCACUCCUUCAAUGCAGGGUCCGGACAGGCUUUCCAGGUGCAGAGAGUAGACUGUGCGUGCAGACAUGUCGGGUCACCCUGCUGCAGAGAUGGAUGACUCGCAGGAGCUGCCUGAGCUGCUGACAAAGAAGGCCAAACUUGAGAUAGACGGUGGACUGGAGAAAGAGCCGAGUAAUUUAGGUGAUGAUGGGAGUCCAGUUGCUGUGUUGGUUUCAUCAGAGCAGGAAGGCUCUUACUCUGCUCUGUCCUCAGCCCAGCUCGAUCCAGGUGAUCAUGAGCGGUCAGACGCAGAUGGAGGAGCAGCACCUCAAGCAUGCGGCGGCACCAUGAACUCGUAUGCACAUUCUGCCACAGACUCAACAGCCACAUCUGAAUACACCCAACAGGUUUAUCAAGGAAGCAACCCAGCAGUGACGUCAUACACCAGUCAGGUGGCCUUUCCUCCUCUGGCUCAGUCCACGGUGUACUCAGCCUUCCCCCAGACAGGCCAGACCUACGGCCUCCCCCCCUUUGGUGCUAUGUGGCCAGGCAUUAAAACAGAGGCAGGGCUGCCUGAGGCACCCUCUGGUGGCCAGCCUGGGUUUCUCAGCUUCAACGCCGCAUAUACCUCAACCCAGCCAGGCCAGCUGCACUACUCAUACCCCAGCCAAGGCUCCAGCUUCACAACAUCCAGUGUCUACUCUAGCAUCCCUUCAGCUACGGCGGCUGCCACCACAACCUCCACCACAGCGGCCCACCAGGAAUUUAGCAGCUACAACUCUUUGGGACAGAGUCAGUUCUCUCAGUACUACGCUCUGCCUCCCAGCUACGUGCCUGCCGGGCUGCCCAGUAGCGAUGACCACGGUGCCGCUGUGGGAGUGGCCGGUUAUUCAGCUGUGAAGUCGGAGCAAGCCGCGUCAGCUGGACUCCCUCCCAGAGAUGCGUCCCCACCAGAGAAUCUCCCAGCAGGUGCAGCCCUUCCUACGAGCGUGUCUCUCCCCGCCGGAGCCAGAGAUCAGGAUGAGGUUGGUCGCAGGAACUCUGUUGGCAAAGCGAAAGGAAAGGGCAAGAGGUCUGAUAGCUCCCCACCUACUGACAGUGACCUGGAGCGUAUUUUUCUGUGGGAUCUGGACGAGACCAUCAUUAUAUUCCACUCACUGCUCACAGGCUCCUAUGCACAGAAGUUUGGCAAGGACCCAGCGUCAGUGCUGAACUUGGGUUUGCAGAUGGAGGAGCUGAUCUUUGAGCUGGCGGACACUCACCUUUUCUUCAAUGACCUGGAGGAAUGUGAUCAAGUCCAUGUUGAGGAUGUUGCCUCUGAUGACAAUGGACAGGAUCUGAGUAACUACAACUUCUUGGCGGAUGGCUUUAAUGGUUCCAGUGCUGGAACGACAUCAGGAACCACCACGGGGGUCCAGGGAGGGGUGGAGUGGAUGCGGAAACUGGCCUUUCGCUACCGCCGGCUAAAAGAGAUCUAUAAUAACUAUAAAGGGAAUGUUGGAGGCCUGUUGAGUCCGAUGAAAAGGGAGCUGCUUCUCCGGCUUCAGUCUGAGAUUGAGAACGUUACAGACGCGUGGCUCACCACGGCCCUCAAGUCUCUGCUGCUCAUCCAGUCCAGGGGGAAGUGUAUGAAUGUGUUGGUCACCACCACUCAGCUAGUCCCUGCACUGGCCAAGGUGCUGCUCUACGGCCUGGGAGACGUGUUCCCCAUCGAGAACAUCUACAGUGCCACUAAAAUAGGGAAAGAGAGUUGCUUUGAGAGGAUUGUCUCUCGCUUCGGGAAGAAAGUGACUUAUGUGGUGAUAGGUGAUGGUCGAGAUGAGGAGUUUGCAGCAAAACAGCACAAUAUGCCUUUCUGGCGGAUCUCCACUCAUGGCGACCUUGUGUCCCUGCACCAAGCGCUGGAACUGGACUUCUUGUAAAGGAGGCAGCAUUGAAUAUCGCACACUAUAGGGAAAAUGUCGUCCUGUCAGUUUGUGCAGUGACAUUGUGUGAGAAAACCCUCCACGAGCCUCGAAUGAUACACACUCGCAUAUAAGCAAAUCUGCCCUCACUAGACGACUAAGUAAUGACUCACUGUGUGAUGUGUGAUGGUAACGGGGUGGGAGCUGACUGUGAGAAACGGACUGGAUGCAUCGUUUGGCUGAGUUAAAGGUUCCUCACGCCCAGCGCUCCCUCCUCUACGGCAGCUAAACUCACCAUGGCUGAAACUGGCACUGAUUUGGACACAGAAGGGAAGACAUCCAUUUUAUUCCUCCUCCUUGUUCUCAUCGUCUUUCAAGUAUCAUAAUCUCCUGCAGUGAAAACAAUCCCUCUCAUUCUUUUUUCUCAUCCUGGAAUUAAUCAACCAAAGGGCCACCUUUGUUUGUUGGCAUUCUUGUUUUUCUUGUUGCUGUGUUUUUAAUUUAGCUGAAAGAAUAUCAAAGUUAAUUUGUUUAAACAAACCUCUCUCGUUUGCACUCACUCAAAGACUUGAAAGCAUCAUUUUGCAGAGGUGACUGAGUAAUACCCAUUCAGCUGUUUAAUGAGGAACUAGAUGAGGUUAUAAACACGUAACUUGGUCACAACCUUUCCGUCAGCUGUCCUGACCUCUCCACUGUGUUGCAACAGCAGAUGUGUGGUCCUUAUUUUACAUACAGUAUGUGUCAUCUGUGGUCAGUAAGGAUAUGUGCAGAGAAUCAGAUGCUCCAUUCAACUUCUGACAAAACUGAAACGACCUUUCUGUAACGCUCAGUGAUAUGACGGGUAGAAAGCAGAGCAGGAUGCUCCGAACAGACACCAAACAAGCAAGUAAAUUUCCUCCCCCACUGGUAGUAGUAGCAUUAGUAAGACUAAGCACGAGAUCUUGAAAAUAACGUCUGAAUGAAAACCUUAGCAGUGUCCCAAAACCACACUAACUCUAAUACUGAAUGUACGACAUACUAAUCAUCAUAGUAUCCUGUUUUAGCAGUGGGGCUGCACGGUAUGUAGGAAAUAAGUGAACACAUUGUUAAAUAUCGCAAUAAUGAUAUUACUUGCCAAUAAUAUACAGAUAUUAAAGGUCCAGUGUGUAGAAUGUAGGGGGAUAUAUUGGCAGAAAUGGAAUAUAAAAUAAUAAGUAUGUUUUCUCUAGUGUAUAAUCACCUGAAAAUAAGAAUUAUUGUGUUCUCGUUACCUUUAGAAUGAGCUGUUUAUUUAUACAUGGGGAGCUGGUCCUCGUUUAUGGAGAUCGCCAUGUUGUACCGCCAUGUUGCUACAGUGGCCAGAACAGACAAACCAAGCACUGACUCCAGAUAGGGCCAUCUGAGUUGUCACAUUUUCCCAUCAGUCACCAUAGUGAGAAGUUCAUGCAAUGAGCAGCAUCAUAGUGUCACUGGUUUGUAACGUGAAGCUGCUUUAUUCAGUGUUUUUACUGAUUUUAAAUUACUGGUUCUGUUUGUUUUGGAGAGGAGGAGACCUCUGUGGAUAAUUUGGCUCCCGGUAAAAACUUGCUGAACAAUAAACACUGAAGGGAUUCUAACCAGGAGAAGUUUUUGUUGGUUGCACACUGCAGUGCACCACUACAUGCCACCAAAUCCCCCUAAAUCUUACACACUUCACCUUUUAAGGUAUGCUCAAUUCUUCUUCUGAAUUUAAAGAAUGAAAGGAAAUUAUUUCCAACUUUCUUGUUUGAACAAAUUGAACAUUGAGUUAAACACAAAAGGCACCAAUAAAUUAAAAAAAAAAAAAAUUAAAAGCACAAUUUUCUAUUGAUAAUCUGAUCAAUGAGUGGAGUAUCUCUGUCUUUUGUGAUGUGUUUAUUGUAUAACCUGAUAUUAUGGUGUCUUGGCAAAAAAAAAAAAAAAACGUGCAGCCCUAUUUAGUAUCCAAAAACAUUAACAUACAUAACCUUUUUAUGUUUUGAGGGAAUUACAUAAUACACCCAAAAGUCUCUGCAAGUUAAACUUAUAGAAAGCUAAACGUUUUUCUAUAAGUAUCACUUAUUUUAGUUUUCCAAGAUUUAUCUUGAGUUUUUUCCCUUGCACCCACAACUUAUUUUAAAUUUUCUCCAGUUCUAAGCACCCACCUAAUUUUCUCUGGGAACUGCAUUGUGUGAAAAGUGUCUAGAAUCGACCAUAUUUAGCCGCCUACUGUGUGAUUAGUGAGCCACAAAGUUGUCACUUUUCUAUUGUGAAGACACUAUACUAAAAACCUGUGCAGAAUCAGUAUGUGGUAUGGAUUUGGGACACGACAAUCUGAUUUAAAGGAUUCAAUGUUUAUUUUCUGGUUUGAGAAAAUGCUCCACAAACUGUUUAAAAACCUGUUGAUUAUCUGAAAAUUGGUUUGACACAAAGCUACAAACAGGGCUGUUCUUCUUUGCUGAUGAUGUUAUGUUAUACUAGUAAUAUACUGAUGCAGCUGUUUUUGGGGUUCCAAAGUAUCCUUUAACUCCUAUGAGGAGAUGAACUGCCAUUAGAAAUUCAUUGAAGUGCUUAGUUGAAUGUGGUACAAUACAAGCAUUUAAAAUAAUGGGAUUUACUGUAGAUUGGUGAACAGUUUAUGUUUUUCAGAAUGAUGUAAAUCAGGAUAACAUGACUCUGGUAACAAAUGUUAAGUGUGUUUAGGUUGAGGGAGGAAACUAUAAGGGAUCAUACCCAUGGAUGGAUUCCAGAACUGGUCACAGAGCCUCUGUUUAAAAUGGCCGGUAACUUUUAUUGUUAUAAAGUCACAGAGCUCAGUUUGUGUUUUGCUCCCAAUCCUUUGCCAGUCUUUUUCCUUUUAGAGCCAGGCUGAAGUGUCGGUCAGUAUUGGUGUAUAUCUCAGCCCAUAAGUAACAAGACAUUGUAGUACAGAGACAGUGUUUCCAUUCCCUAAUUCUCCACCUAAGAGCACUGACUAGUUCAUUUUUUUGCGCUGUAAAACGUCUCUCUCAGGAUGGUCACGAAUCUAAAGGAUCUACAGGGUUAGGGGCUGUAUGUCAAGAUCAUAGUGAAUGGAAAUGCAAAAAUAAUUUUCUGUAAAUUUGGUUAAAGUUUGCGCUCCGUAUGAAUGGAAACCCAACUACAGAUAACAGCUCCAUUGGCCCAAACUUUGCAGGAUGCAGGAUCUGAAUUGGUUUGAAUGGAAAACUGUCUGUUAUGGAUCUGUUGUGUCAGGAAGCUUUAGACAGCCUCUCUCUUUCUCUUUGUGUCCAGCAUGAACUAAACACUGAAGUUUAGUUUUUAAACCAACAACAGCACCCAAUAGCUUUGGUUCAGGAUGAAGGUCCUGGUUGCAUGGGUGCUCCUAUGUUUUGAGACAUCUGUCCUCAGGGGCCCCAUUGUCUCAUAAUCCGCCCGUGCUCUCACCUUUCAGCCUCUGACUCAGCUUAUACAUUGUUUGGAGGAUUAUAAUCACUUAAGAGGUUUCAUUAUGAGUUUCCUCUUCUCAUAGUGAAGACAGUUGUUGCAUCUCAUCACAGGAGGAGAGCGGUGUUCGUAAAGCAUUUGUACAAUUUGACAAAACCAGGGCAAAAAAUAGUCUUAGCCAGUAGGAUUAAGUUUGAUAUCUCUUACAUGUUGUCAUGUUGUUGCAACAAAACCAGAGUUGCUCUGUUAACGCAACUGAAUGUCAAAAUGGUCAUUUACCAAAAAGGAACUUGCAUACUUUCGUUUCCAAAGACUUUACUCAACAUGUUUCUCAGUUGUUUUUCAGGCAGUUGUCAACAUUCGUUGUAUUAAUUAGUUAAAACUAGAGCUGCAACUAAAAAUUGUCUUUAUCAGAUUAUCUGCAAAUUAUUUUCUCAAUAUUUUUGGUCAACUGUUUCAUCUAGAGUUGCAACGAUUAGUUGAUUAACUAAGUGGUCAAUCUGGAAAAAAAAAAAAAUCAGUUGUAGUAAAAAAUUUUAAGCAAAAAUGCCACUAAUUAACAGGUUCUAGCCUCUCAAAUGUGAGCAUUUGCUGUUUUUCUUGGACUUAUAUGAUAGCAAACUGAGUAUCUUUUGGUUUUUUUGAGUGAUUGUUGGUCAAAACAAGCAUCUGAAGAUGUCACUUUGGGGUCUGGGAAAUUGUGAGUAGCUCCUACUACUAUUCUUUGACAUUUUUAUAGACCAACGAUCAAUCAAGAAAAUAACCAUGAGUUGCAGCCCUAAUUUUGUCCAUGAAAUGUCAAAAAAAUGGUUAAAAAUGUCCACAACAGUUUCCCACAGCUCAAUGUGACGUCUUAAAAUUGCUUAUGUUGGACCAAAUUUAUUGUCUGAGGAAAAUGUAAAACUGCAAAUAUUCACUUUAAAACAAUACAAAAACUUACUGAAAAAAUUAGUUAAUUGUGAAAAAAAGUUGCAGACUCGUCAACUAAUUGUUUCAGCUCUAGUUAAAAUUUGGGAAUUUAAGUGUAUCCAAUAAGUGCAACCAUAGCUUUGAAUUUUCAGCCACAUGACAACCCACAACCUCUCGAAGGCGUAUCAGAGGGGACAAAUUUACACAAAGGAUGAUGACUGUGCAAUACAUUUCUACUUUGCUCACUGACUGUAUUUCAAGGGACUUUUCAUUUUGUAGAUGGUGAGAGAAGCCGGAGGAGUCGAUCGACUGUCCCCCGGUCCGUGUGAGAUUAUGACUGAACAAUACUGAGCCUGAAGAAGACUUUGUAUUUACACACAUGCAGCUUGACCGUUAAGAAUGUGUAUUUCUGUGUAAUUUUUGUUUGUCUUGCGUGACUGUGCAUAUUUAUAUUGUGCCUUUAACCAUCAAUUGUAUGCAUAAUCUCAAAGGGAAAGAUUUUGUUUGAUACAUUUAUCACUGCAUUGUUAUAUUAUCCAAAGUGUUAUCUUACUUUUUUUAAAUUCAAUACUUUUUUUAAGUGUUUUUUUGUUACUAGACUUUGUUUGAUUUGAUUGUGUUGUCUGCACUGUAUUUGAAAGGCCUCCUUCUAGAAAACUAUACAUCCAUUUUGGGGAAAAGUUCAUGUGGGUUGCUCAGUGUUUAAAGAAAAUUUUAGUGAAGGGCCGAAGAACAGUUAUUUUGCUAUCAGUUACGUUUUCAAAGAAUAGAUGUCUCAAUUUGGAUUGACAACACAUUUGUGUUUCAUGUAAAUUUACUUGUGGAAAUCCCACCAUCAGCAUUCAGUUUCUGCUUUGUAUUAGAUUUCUGCUUCCUUUUGAAAAGGAGAUUGCGUUUGUUUUGUUGCUGUGAAACGCUUAGCAUCGCUUAGAGACAAUCAGGAUCUAAAUACAUGGUAUUUUUAAUGCAGAUUACUAAAGUGAAAGGCAUGUUUGAUUGUUCAGUGUGAAUUAAAGGUAAAUCUAUCAGAUCUGGCGUUUGAGAAAACUGAGACCAUAUGCAAUCUUUGCAUUUUUGUCUGCAUAUUGAAUGUGUUUUCUGUUUAUUUCUUUACUUUGUCUGCAUGUCAUGUCUGUUUUGAAGUAUACCAUGGCUGUUAAAUAAUGACCAUGCAAUGUUUAAGGGGCUAUAUUCUUCUAUGUGUGCUCUUUUUUCUUUCCAAUGCCAAAUACUGUUAUUAUUUUUAUGUUAAUGUUUUGUUUUGUUUUUUAAUGUAUUUCAUCUCAUUUUCAAGGACCUGUGAGGCCACAUGUAGAGAGCCUGAAUGUGAUCCUGUAAACGGAGCACCAUCAUAAUAAUCGAUGCUAAUUUAAUUACAAUAAUCACUAUGUUCCCCACAGUAGCUGUUUGGGACCUCUACACAGCCCUGUAAGGUUUCCCUGUGUACCUUAGACACUCAGUACAGUGUAAAUAAAUUUCAAAAAGUUUCAGACUCAA